CCUUUUUAACUUCAAAUCUCUUUUUUUCUCCUUUUGGCCCAGAUGAGCUGGAUGGUAAUUGAUCCAUUUCUUCAUCGUCAAUCUCCAUUUUUGUGCUUUUUUCGUAUUUAUUUAACAAAAUUAAUCAAUUUAUAAAUUUGGUGAAAUCAAUUGUUUAAUAAGAGAGGUGAUCGAGAAAAUAAUAUUACAUGUUGCGGGUUGCUCAAAUUUUAUUGCUCAAUUUUGUGCGGCAAAUUUCAAAUCUAGUCUGUUUACUUUUUUUAAUAUUUCACAAUAAGUCGUAAUUUAACUAGUAUAAAAAUAUACGAUUUUUGGAUCAACUAUAACAGAAAUAAUUCAACUGUGAUAUAUAAUUUUUGUUAAUAAACGUGAUUAUUUUUUUAUAAGCAAAUUAAUAAAGGUAAACUUAUAAAUUCUAAUAAAAUAAAUUAAUUUAAAAACUAGUGUAUCGGGUAGAAACCCAAUGCGGAUUAUAUUCACACCGUACCAUCAAAAGUCUUAUGGAUAGACCAAAAUUUGCUCAGCAUAAGUAUGAAGAUGUCAAAAGAAAAAUAUUGGCCGACGAGGCUGCAUAACGGUGAAUUGCCAUCUGGAUACUACAUCGAAUUUAUGGAAGCUAACAUUCGAAGUGAAGAUGAAAUUAAUUACAAAAUAUACGGUGAAGAAUAUGAAGACAUACAAGAUGAGAAUGUUCUUUUAGUUCAAUCAUACAGAAGUAUUACAUAUUCUAAGGAUAUAAAGCUUACAAUUAAAAUCGUGCCACAUUCUUUACUAUCGAGAUUUGAAAAUCUUAAAUGGCUAGAACUGCAUUGUGUUGGAUUAGAGGAAUUGAGGGAAAACAUGUUCAGCUGUAAUCCUAAUAUAAAAGAAGUUCGUUUGACUCAUAAUAAACUCACCAAAAUUCAAGCUGGAGUAUUUAAAAAUUGCAAAAAUAUGCGUUGGGUUGAUUUAGGAGAAAAUGAAAUAUCAACGAUUGAUGAUGAUGCAUUUAUUGGAUUAGAAAAUCUUGAUUGGCUGAUACUUAAUAAUAAUCGAAUUACGUACUUAAAAAAUUCAUAUUUCAAACCAUUGAAAAAUCUCCAUUCUCUGUACAUUUCUGGGAAUUUAUUAGAGCAACUUGAUGAAAAUUUGUUUCAUGGUCUUGAUGAACUCAGAGAAAUCAGAAUGAGCAAGAACAAUAUUAAAAGCCUCCCUGAGAACUUAAUAAGGUUUUUACCAAAACUUUCGUCUAUUGAUUUAGAUAACAAUCAAAUUGAAGACCUUAAACCUGAAUUUUUAGCAUUACCAUUGCAAUUGAAUUGUUUCGAUAUAUCAGGUAACAAUAUUCGAGUAAUCGAUGCAGACUUAUUUAAAGAGCAACCGAAUAUCUCCUACGUCAAAUUUUGUAAUAAUCAAAUAGAAAAGUUACAUUCAGAUACUUUUAAAACAUUGAAUAAUUUGCAGACUUUAAAAAUUAGAUUCAACAAAUUAACUGAUAUUGAUAAAAAACUAUUUGACAAUAAUUCAAAAAUGUUUGAAUUAAAUUUAAGAGGAAAUCAAAUCAGCAAUAUUCAUCCAGCAGCUUUUUCAAAGCUUAAAAAUGUUUGUAAGCUUACGUUAUCAGAAAAUUGCAUAACCGAAUUAGCUGAAAGUAUUUUUGACGGCAUGACUUCGCUUUCACAAUUAUAUUUGAACAAUAAUAAAAUCAAAGAACUUCAUGUUAAUCUUUUUAGAGAUACAAAGCUUUACUCCCUCUUGCUCGAUUAUAAUGACAUUCAAACAUUCGAUCAAAAAGUUUUUGAGUUCGUACCUAAUUUGUCUAUGUUUGGGUUCACUAAUAAUCCUGGAAGUCACAUGAUAAAUGAAAAAUUUCUAAAAAUAUUCAAACAAGGGAAACGAUUCUUGCUCUAUAAAUAUUAUCUGAAAGAUGAUUUUAGUGAUGAGUGCAUAUCAUACGAGCUAUUGAAUAAAAAGGAAGAAAUAAAGAAAGAAAAGAAAGCUGAUGCUAUAGAUGAGUUUGAUGAUGACUGUGACUUAGGCUUUGGAUUGUUUGAUUAAACAUUUGUUUGCAAAUAUGGAUAUUACAUAAUUGGUUGAUUUUAAAUGCACAUGCACUUUUGAAUAAAAUGUUUCUAAUCCCAUUCUUUUUUUUGAGGACAACUACACAAACUGGUACCGUAAUUGAUCACGUUUGUAAAGUUAAUGAUGGAGUAAAUUGGGAGAAGUCAGACUUUAUAAUCAUGAUUCGAUUAAAAAUAGAAUAAAAGUUGGAAGCUGCUAUCAGCCAGUAUUCAAACAGAAUAGAUAUAAUCAAAUAGAAUUAAGAAUUCUUUUAAAGGUAAAAAAAUAAUUUGCAACGUGACUACUUGAACAUCUCUAAAGAUGAAACAGAAAAUUGAUCAAUAACCUCAAGAAUAAUUUUUAAAACUCAAAGACAAAAUUUAUAAAUUCGUAUGCAACAUAAAGAUUAUUUAGUAUCAAGAUGUCUUUUACUUCAAAAAAAAAUCUUUUUUUUCACGCAUAAUUCAAAUUUCUUUUUAAAACCGGAAAACAUGAGGUGAUGUAAAAAUUUGCCAGAAGAUUAAUGUUAACAACCGCACGCUUUUAACACUUUUCGUAACAAUAUCUGUAGAAAUGAUAAACUGAUUUGAAAUCAUUCACAUAAUCUUAUUUACUGUUGAAAAAUGCUUUCCUAAAAAAACGUAAUAAAGUUGUUAUGAAACUUUACAUCAAAUACAAAUGUUGUAUGAAUUAACGUCGUGUAAAUAAUGCUACAUGAUUCAUGCGAGAUAGCAUUCUGAUAAUUAAAAUUCAACUAAUUUGAAUCAUCUAAGCAUUAAAUUUGAAGUAGGAAUAACUUUAAAAAGCUUUGAUAAAACAGCUUAAAAAUGCGCCAUUUAAGAUCAUUUCUGAUAAUUUUAUUAACAACACCGGAAAAUUUUUUUACACCCAAGUUUCUACAGUAAUACUUAGCAACAUAAUGCAGAAGAAUAAUGCAAUAAUUUCAUUUUACAAAACACGAUGACAAAAUUAAAUUCAACUUACUCUUUUUUUACAACUAGGAAAACUUAUCCAUUGAUAUUAAUCCCAAAACCAAAUCACCUUUUGUUGAGAAGGUAAGGUUAGAAACUAACCACAAAAUCCAAUUUGCAUUUACUUCAAUUCCGAUAAGAAAAAUGGCUUGUGAUAUGAAAAUGCUUGAGAAAUUUAACAUUUUCUUGAAUAUCUAAUCUUAACUUAAAAAUGCUUUCAAUUAGUUUUUUUGACUUAUAAUCAUAAUCAUCUACCAAACGCUUUAUAAACUUAAUAAAAAAGAAAUGAUAUAUGAAAUGCACGAGUUCGCAAAAAAAAUAUAAAUUGAUAUUUUUUAACCUUACCGUGUCAUUUAACGAUUUAAGUACUAAGAAAAUCAGAAAGGAGAGAAAUCUUACAAUAAAGGUUAAUUAGCAAUGAUUGAGCCAUAAACAAAUAAAAUCUUUAUCUAUAAAUAAAUCUCUUUCUUCCAAACAUUUUACCGUAAAAGUCAUAAUUUUAGCACAUUCCUUUGUUAUUGUUUUCAUGAUCCUGUGGAGGUGUUAUUACCAACACAUUCUUCAUAAAUAGCACCACAUUUAAAAGGGAUGUUUGCAGCAGGUGGCUGAAAUGGAUCUAAAAGCGGAAAUUAAAGAGAAAUACUGCAUUACUCCAUAGAAGUUUGCGAGCAAUUUACAGAAAAGUUUGCCUUUUCAGAAUGGUUUGCAUACUGAAGGUAAAAAUGUUAACUGAAAGUUUACAAUAAUGAAUGGACUAUAUUUAAUAAUUAUUUUAAACAAAGGUCCAAUUGCAACUUAAAAUUAAUAAUAUUUCAAAACCAACUGAUAAAAUUUGUUUAAAAAUGAAUAGACGAAGUUCAACAACCGUUAAUUAAAUUAUUGAAACCUUUCAUUUGAAUAACUUUUGAUUGGAAAUUUGUACCAAAAUUUGAUUUUUUUUUGCAAUUAAGAUAUUAUAAUUUGAAAUUGCAUUAGAAAAAUAUUCUAAACUCCCCUCAAAUUGUACCAUUCAUUUAUUCAAAAUGAAUUCAUCUCUAAAUUAUGGGUUGAAAAACUUAAAAGUUUAAAAUUUAUUUCAAAUUCCUACUCUCAAUGUAAGCAAUUUGAUAGGAAUACAGCAAAAAAAAGAAUUAAUCAACUCAGUCUUAAUUACACAGUACGAAAAUAUUAUUGCAAAAAUUUCUAAUGCGAUGCCAAAAGCAGGACGUGCUUUUAAUUUUGAAGACCGAAUCCUAUUUUUAAAAACUGAAGUAAAUUAAUUUAGCAAGAUAAAAAGUCAAUUUCUGAGAGUUUUGCUUAGCUAUGUACAAAUUAAAGAUUUCCUUGGAAUUUGAAAAAAUCAUCUUUUAGUCACCAAAAAACGAAAAUCAUAAGAAUUUCAAGUCUUCAAAUUUCAUUCGAUAUUUAUCAUGGAAGCCAAUAGAUUUGCAUAAUAAUGUCAAAAGUGCUACAUCUAAUAUAUUAAUAUGUCAUGCUCAACAAUACUUACUUGAAGAAUGUGGCAUCAUUUUUUUAAAAUAUUUCAUUAAACAUGAAAUAAUUUUUCUAAAGCAGGUUAGUUAAAUGAAUGUAACACAAAAAGAUUAAAAGCUUAAGAAAUUUCUUAUUGGUUCGAUAGCUUCAUGCUGAUUGAAUAUGCUGUUGAUGGGAAAUCGAACAGACCUUUACGUAAAUUUCACCUCAUAUUGAAAUUCGACUUUAAAAGCAACACGUUUUUUUAACCUUUUGAUAAUCAAAAGAGUUAAGAUUCCUUUAGAUGAAUAAAAUAUUCCAUCAUACAUGUUUACCUCCGACUUUGAUUUUUAAAUCUAGAAGAAACCAGCAUGAAUAUUUUUCAUAAUGCUUUCCACUUUAUUUUUAUUUUUCUUUCUUACAUCAAAAAUGAAAUAUGUCAAUUAGUAUCAUUACAAUGUGGAACCUAUUCUGAAACCAAGAAAGAAAAAUGAUCAUCCAUUCCAUAUGUGACUUUAAGAUAGCCAUUUGUAGGUACAUUUAUACUUAUAACCCAUAAAAAUAUCCAUCCAACAGCUUAAAAUAAAUCCCUGCGAGCAAUAAAAUUUUACUUCUUUGAAAUUAUCGUAGAAUACUUCCAUCCAGUCCGCUAAAACUACUCGAACUCUACACGAAUGUUUUUUUUUUUAUCAUGUUAUUUUUUAUGAGCAAACAUUGUGUGAAUGAAUGAAUGAGUGUAAAAUCCCAUUGAGAGCAAUGAAUCUGUUGAGGAGUGUAUAUUAUGAAGGGAUUGUGUAUACAUUCAUCACUCGACUUUAAAUUGAGACUAAAGCUGCACACACAACUUAUUAUAAAAUACAAUAAGUAUGAAUGUUGUGUAAGAGGAUUAUGAACGGAGAGCUUGUGGAUGCUAACGCUUAGAUUUUUUUUUAUUCAAUUGAGCUUAAUUCUCACAAGCGCUUUGAAUCAUGGUCUUGUGUUCAUUUCAUUUGAGCAUGUUUAAUUCUUUCAAAGUUAAUUGGCAUUUUCCUUUUUGUGUUCAUCUUUUAUAUAACUUUUUCUAGUAUUAUUUAGUUAAAAUCCACAACAGACAACUUUUGGUCAUUUUGAAUAAAAUGUAUUUAGUUUUAUUUCACACAUGCACAUAUUUGGAAGUUGCAGAACAAUUUGUUUGCUUUACAAUUUAUAUUUCAGUUAGAAAUUAGAAUAUUUUUUUAAAAGUAGUCUCAUAUGCAAAGAAUGUGUUGCUUUGUACACUUUGUAAGUUAUUAUUUUAUUUGCUCUAAUUAGAAGUGCUUUAAAUUUUGCACAAACUUAAGUUGAGUUUAUGAUUAAAACUUCAUUUACAUCCAUAAUUUAUAUAACAUUCAAAAUGACAAAUUAAGAAGAAUUUGAGUUCAUUUUAAAAACACCUUACAAUGUCAUAGAAAAAAAUUCUAUUCUCCUCACGGAAUAAAUCCUAUCCAAUAUAAAAUAAAAUUCAAUUGAGACCCAAAUUUGAUUUCAAAACACAUCCGGACAAAUCAUAAAUAAAAAUGUACAGAUGGUUGUUUUAAGAGCCACAAAAAUAAACUUUUAUUUCAAGGAUUAUUGAAUUAGCUUGGUAGCACUUGAAAGAUAAUUCAGUGGAUAAUAAAACUGGCAUUGUGAAAAAAAAAUUCUGAACGUAAAAAAAUGUAAAAGGACAUCCAGCUAAUUUAUUCUACCUUUGUGCUCGUUCCAUGAAAGCUUUUUUUGUCAAAUAAAUGAUGGUGGGAAAUUUGUUGAAAGAACAAAUAAUAAAGAAUUUUAUAAAUUAGCAUAGUCAUUCAUUCAGGAAGCACUCAUUGCGUUUUUGCGAUCAUAAACAAAAUUUGCAUAAAUUUUUUAGCUUCCAUUUUUCCCAACCAUUGAGUGUUGAUGAUGAGAA